AUGGACCGACACAAGAAGAGCGAACGGCUGCACUCGACCGUGCGGCUGAACCAAUUCACACUGCAGUUCGAAGACUCGAGACUGGAGAGAGCGUAUCAGGCGCGACUGCAUCCGCGCAAGAGAGCGCUAUGGCUCCGCUCGCUGCUGCCCGCUGCGGCCUCUCAGAUUCUGUUUGCGUUGGCCGAUGGACUCGAGUCUCCCGUCGAGAAUUUGCUGGUGACGGUCCCGACGAGAGUGCUGCUGGCGAUGCUGCAAGUUGCCACGUGGCUGCUCGUGCGCUGGAACCUCGUGCGCGUGCGGGAGCAAACGAUGCUCAUGGUGUCCGUAGCCAGUGGGAUCCCCACGUUGCUGCUCUAUGCUCUGCAACGAGCUCGUCUUUGUCAAUGGGACGCGCUGUUUGUGACGUUUGGACUGUCGUUCUACACGAUUCCCAAAGUGACGCCGCUCGGCUAUGUGUCUUCUUUUUACGGCAGCUGGGCCACGGCUGCAGUGUACACUGUGCUCAGUUUUGGGGUUCGCCCUCCACUCCAGCUGGCAGAAAGCGUGCUGGGCAUUUUCUUCUUGGUGCCAAUGGUCUGGGUCUUUAAUACCAUUGCUUACUACUCCGAGUACAAUUCUCGCGAGCGCUUUGCUCUACAUCGACGUUUGCGGCGUGAAAGCAUCACCCUGGCGGUCGCAUGUACGCCUGAGAACGGUGGAGCUGUACGACAAGGACCUGAGGAUGACGGGUGGUUGCUGCUGCACGCGCUUUUCCUGCGUGGCAGGAUCACUGCCAACACCAAGAAUGGCACUGCGUCUUUUGUCGUUGCCGUGAUACUCUGGGGAGCUUUUACGCUCGGUAGCUGGACGUCACUUCCAGACACAUUGAAGUUUGUAGAUGAAGCCACAGGCUGGGCUUGGUUUAGCCACUGUGCAGGUGUGACGGUGUUUCUUGUGGUGAUGACGAGGCGGCUUCGAUGGCUGUUGGUGAUGCCAGUGUUCGGCUCGUUCCUGUUAUGGGUAAUGUCUCUCGCUAUGCCUGCCUCGUGGAUCAUUUUUUCGGCUCACAGCGUGGGGUACGGUCUGCUGCUAGCUUCUGUGGUGAUUGCCAUGGGCGUGUUCGGCUGGUUCCUGUGUGCAUGGAGAGAGCUUGUGUCGUUCCUGACACGAUCAUGCUUCCUGUAUCCUCAGCUUCAAGCUGGUAUGGAAAAAGAGUACCCGCUACUCGUCCGGAUCGUGUCCGAGUAUACAGCCGGUUUCGAUCCUGAAGUACUGGAUGGACGGGUUCCAACAGCGACAGCAAUGGACUCUUUAGGUACACAGGUAUCCGACACUUCAGCAGCUUCACCACCAAAAGUGGGACCCGAGAAAGUGUGUACAAAGGUUGUUGCUUCCGUAGCAAUCAAGCAGCCAACUGAGAAAACGAAGAGCAAUCGACUGCAUCGAGAGGUAGAGAGACGAAACUUGUCGGCGAAAGACAAAUGCCUUGCAGGGACCACCCUCAUUCCGUCAGGUGUAUCGCCAGCGAAAGAAGAUGCGGUGGUGACAAAUGAUGCGUCUUCGGAUCGAAAAAUGGUAUCCGUCUUGCCGUCUUUCAAGCCCGGAAAAUGCUUCUUUUGCUCAAAAAAUGAUGCAGAACACUUUGUGCCUGCUUGUGGAAUGUGGGGCAAGUGGACCCAUUGGCGAAUGAAUCAGCAGCAUCAUUUGGACAACAGUCCGACAGCACCGAAGGGAGUUGUUUCGAAGGCCACAGUUGCUGUCUCAAUGUGCACGUCCUACUGCGAUCUUCAGAACGAAAAGUCUCAGCUCGAGGCUCAUGUUCAACAAGAAGAGAAUGAGAAUGCUAAGCUGGCAAAGGAACUCACAGCGUGCAAAGAGCGCGAACAGAACCUGUCGCAGGAAAACGUAAAGCUCAGAGCAAAGCUGCAUGCAAAGGAGGAAAAACAUGCAGCAAGUUUACGACAAUGGGAAGCGCGUCUCGAAGAAAAAAUAGGAGCUGUGCAGAAGGAGACGAACUGGCUAGCUCACGAGCAUAAAAGGCGGGCCAAAACCAGUGAAGCGGCACAGGUUGCUGCGUUGCGAAAGCAGCUUGCAGCCAGCGAGUUUCUCGUUCAAGAAGCCCAUACCCGUAUCCAAAGCGCCAAUGAAGAAGCAGCGGCGCUGCGUACAAGUCUUACAAAAUACGAGGAGGACGCUGUCGAAUGGAGAAGCAAGGCUGAAGAGUACAAGAAGCAGCUUUUGGGCAUGAAGCUUCGACUACACCACCAGCCUCUGGGCAGAUUGCAACCGUGUGUUGCUUCCUCGGCGUCAGAUUGCUCGUUUACGUCUACAGCAGUCGAAGAAUCAUUGGUGAAUGCCGCACCUGAGGCAACGCUUCAGACCCUACAGCCCGUCGGACGUUUACCGUACGCACAAUCGCUGGAGAUCGAAGGUCUACGGGAGUCAAGCAGACACUCACACGACAACGUCAACUACGCACAGCGCUGGCGACUCCUCCAAGGUUAUGAUAUCUGCAAAGGCACAGAUAGUUAUUCCGCGGCAGAUGCACCGAACCGGUAG